AUGAAGCAGAAGGACGUGGCCAUCUUGUUUUUGGCCACGCUCGCGAUUUUGCUCUCGGUGUACUACCAGGGCACCUACCACGGCCUCCGUCUCGUCUGGGUGCACCCCAUCGAUGCCUCCCUCUACGAGAACGGCCAUUUCCCACUCCAACACGAACGACUGCCGCCCCCACUCAUCACUGACGUAGACGGAGACGGCCACAACGAGGUGAUCGUGGUGACCUCAGACAGCCGGAUCAAGAUACUCGAGGGCACACCCUCCCAGAGCGCUGGCCUCGGGUCGCCGUCGCAGUGGCACAACCUUCCCGUCAAGGAGGAGGCCUCGCUUCUGCCCUCGGUGGGCGUGGGUGCCGGCCGAAGGCCCGUGGCCCUGUCAUCAGGCUAUCUCUCCCCAUAUCAAGAGGGGCUGGUGCGCACGCAGGUGAUUGUGGUCCUGACCAGUGGCUGGACAGUGCUCCUCUUCGACAACCACCUCAAGCUCCUCUGGGAGAGCACUGUCAGGGAAUCGCUGCCAGCGCAUCUCUACCACAGCGAGGCGGCGCUGCUCGUGGUGCCCACCCCAGUGCGCAUCGGCGACGCUGGUGUGGUAAUCGCUGCCGCUCGCCUCUCCCGCAAAGCCAACCAACAGGCGGCCAAGCACGACCACGGGGCGGGCGGGCGGAAGGCCUCGUGGAUGGCCAACGGCGAGGAGGACGAGGAUGACCACGAUUUGGGCGAGGAGCACUUCUCCUACUUUGCCUUUGACGGUCGCACGGGCGCGCUGCGAUGGAAGCACGAGGCUGGCGACUUCUACGACGAGUACGACACGGACGCCGGGGACCGCAUCGGCGAAGAGCGCGCGAUGCACCUGGGCGAGAUGUCGUGGAACGACUUCCGAUAUUCGGUGAUGCAGCAAUUGCCCCACGCCUGGUUCCGUCGCGAGGAUACUGGGCUCCGGGUGGCCCACUUCGAGCGCGGCGCCAAGCCCGCUGCUGACACGACCGCCCAGUCACAGCUUUCCGGUCUGCACGUAGACGUGCCGGGCCUGGUAUGGGGCGGCCACGCACCGCACUCCGAGGACGAUUUCGUGCACGAGCCCAACGUCAUCGUGGCCCACUUUGCCGACGGCGUAGAGGUGAUCCACCUGUACACGGGCCGGCCGGUGACGCGGAUGGGCCUGGAGCGGUCGGUCGUGUGGGACGACAUCAACGGCGACGGCGUCGUCGAAGCCGUCCGUCUCUCCACCCUCCCCACUGCUGGGCAAAGCAGCGAGGACCAGUGCUGGGCGCUGGGACAGUCGGGGGUGCCGCCGCAGGAGGACCUGUUCAAUGUGUCCAUCUGCGAGCCGAAGCCGCAGGGCUUCCUCGAGCUCCUCACAUCCAACCCCAAGCGCAAGUCCCGCGGCGAUACUGGCGUGCUGCGCGCGACCAAUCCGAUCUCCAUUGCGCGCCCGCGGACGUGGGCUGAACCCAACGGCCACAAGGACAUGUGGGCGGAUGACGUCUUUCUCGCCGCGCGGGCAGCUCAACUGGAUGCUGGACACGGCGGCCGAGUGGGCGUCGAUGGACUCGUCGGGCCACACCGUCGGCCCGUGGCGCGGGAAGCUGUGGGCGCCGCGCCCGGCCCACGUCCCGGCCGGCCUGCCCAUCACCCCCUCCCUCCUGCCCUUCUCUCCCUACGCCUACCACGGCCACCAGGAAGAGCUCGUCUUGGGCGUGGGCGGCAGCGCCAUCGUCAUCGUCUCUGGCGACGGUGCGUUGGUGGGUGA